UGUGUGUCCAAUAUUCGAAUAUUGAUUUUUAUAUUAUUAUCCAUGUGAUGGUAUGAAAUGAGCUAGGUGAUAGGGAAUCGAUUCGAAUCUUAUUGAUUUUACCUUUAAUUCUUUCCAUGAAAAAUGGGUUGUAAUGCAGCUAAAAAUGUCGCAGUUGUACCGAUAGAUGGAAAAGAGAUUGGUGGUCCGAAUGAUGUUAGGGAGAAAAUAAGCCAAAGCAAAAAAAUAGAAUCCAAAAAUAAAUCAGAACCAGAUUUUCAAAUAGAAGAAUUAGAGAAUGCCAAUGUUAAUAACUUUCAAAAAGCUGAGCAUGGUAUGUCUUUUGAAAUAAGUUUCGAUCAAACCGAUGAUAGAGCUGGAGAUGCGGCUCAAAAGCCUAUUCCAAAAAGAAUAAUAGAGCUGCAGGAAUCGGAAAAUAAAGCGCAAGUUACACUGGAAGAUAUAAAGGAGAAAUUGGAAGAAGCAGAAAUACGUCGACAACAAAUCCUCAAUCAACGUAUCCAGUCAGCAAACCUUUUAAAAAAACCAAGAACAAGUGAUAUUGUGGAAUCUGAUAUUGAAAUUGAACAAUCGCCUCAUCACUUAGGAGUUCCUAAGGAAUCAAAACCUCAUCCACCUAAUCCAUUUGAUGUUUCUUAUACAUAAAAUUUUGUCUAAUUAGUGGGUUUUUUUAAAUAAUAGAUUUGGC